UUACUCGAGAAGUGAAAAUGGAGGCGAUCACUGUUAUCCGCUCGGGAAUUACAGCAGUGGUAAUUAUUUUUGUUAUAUGAAAUGCAAGGGGGAAGGGUGUAAACAGACGUGCUAUACUGGAGUUGAGUUCUGUAAAAUGGAUCUGGAAUGUGAAGGUAGAGAUUGUUACCAAAACUGCGACGCUAACGAAUGUAAUCUGAACUGCAGCGGGAAAAACUGUAAAAUACAGAAGUGUCACGGUAAAGGAACUGUAUGUGAAAUGGAUCUAGAAUGUGACGGUGAAGAUUGUGAACAAUUCUGCGAGGCUAAAAAAUGUAAUCUGAACUGUACCGGAAAAAACUGUAGAAGACAAAAGUGCGAAGGUGAAGAUAAUAUAUGUGAAAUGCAUCUAGUAUGUAACAGCCAGUAUUGUGAACAAAUCUGCGAUGCCAAAGUAUGUAACCUGACCUGCAGCGGGAGAAGAUGUAAAACACAAAGCUGCACAGACAAAGUACGGGAGUGCAUUACGCAUUUUAACGCUAACGAUUGUACGCAGAUGUGUGACAAUCACUCCAUCACUUCAGAUUCAUACACGUCGAAUAUCGUUACAUCUAUUGGGGCUUCAACAAUUCGAGUAUUUGCUACUAAAAUUUCAACAGGAAAUGGAACAGAAGCUCACACUCUCUUACAAUCAAUGUCGCAGUCAUCGUUAGCAUUAAUCUUUCCGUUACCAUCAUCUUCAUCACACCCACCAUCAGCAGCACUAUUACCAGCACGGAUAUCAGCAUCUACAUCAGCACUAUUAGCAUCAUCAUCAAAGCCAGAAGCAAUAUCAGUAUCAGCAUCAGCAACAUCAUUGGAAGCAACAUCAACAGCAGGGGCAUCAGCAUCUUCAUCAGCAUUAUCACCAUCAUUAUCAAAGCCAGCAGCAAUAUCAGCACCAGCAUCAUCAUCAUUAUUGUCAUUAUCAUCGGAAACAUCGGCAGCAGGAUCAUCAUCGUCUCAGUCUCUACGGCCACCUCUGUCAUGGACGUUGGAAGUUAUUAAGAAUCUGGCCAACAAAACUGUUUCCAAACUAAAAGGAAAAGAAAUGAAUAGAAUCUUGUCCUUGAUGGAGGCUAAACGGAUUUUUGAAGACUUCAUCACUAGUAUCCAAAUCCUCCAAAAACGUCUUACCAAAGAAGAAGUCGAAAAAAUAAGAAAUUACAUCUUUAAGGUGGCAGUCGCCUUGGAGCUAUUCGCCCUUAAUUAUGGCAAACACCAAAUGAUCGGAGCGAAUUCUUCAGUGGAGAUAAACAGCCGAAAACUAGAGUUGGCCAUACAAAAAACCUACCGAAAAAAUGCUAGUGACUUUUAUCUUGGAAAACAAGAACUUCAAACGAGCCUGAAAGUUUCUUCUAAAAACUUUGCUGACUAUGUAUCAGUAGUUGUUGGGAUCGUGUACAAGGAUCUCCAUGAAGUAUUAGUUACAGAUCAACCCUUCAGAACCAUAACGGGCACCACAAGGUAUUUGACCUCCGGGAUAACGGCCGUGGCUAUAGAUCCAAAACCAGAAAAAUUACAAGAGAAUGUCAUUUUAAGGUUCAGAAAUACGAAGGUUCAUGAAGGAGAGAAGAAAUGCAUGUUUUGGAGUGGCUUAAGUGAAAGCCCAGGCGGAUUUUCAGAGACAGGAUGCCAUGUGGUCACAUCGAAAAGCAACUCAGAAGAAACAGUUUGCAGCUGCAAUCAUUUGACUCAUUUUGCUGUCUUACUUGACUACAACGGUAGCCCAGGGCUCACUGUGGAAGACGAAACUAUUCAUGAAAUUAUCACCUACGUAGGAUUGAGUCUUUCCAUAUUCGCGAUUCUUUUGACAAUUGUUUUAUAUUCCUACCUCACAGACGUAUGGCAACCUUUGACUCAAAUAAGACUGAGUCUUUCUGUAGCCCUCGGAGCUGGACAAAUAAUCUUUCUCGCCGGCAUAAACGCCACAGAAAAUACGGCUCUCUGUGUCCUAGCAGCAGCUUUAUUGCAGUAUUUCCUGAUGGCAGCUUUCUGUUGGGUGCUGGUGGAGGGAAUUUAUUCCUUCCUAUUUCUUGUGAAAGUUUAUAACAUCAACACCAAGAUUCAUAUGUAUCACUUCAUAUCAUGGGGUUUGCCCAUCAUCAUGGUUAGCAUUUCAAUAAGCAUCGCUGCUGGAAAAGAUGGAAUUAAAAGCUAUACCAGUGAAAAAUAUUGCUGGCUGUCCUCAUCUAACAACCUGAUCUGGAUCUUCGUCAUAUUUGUAGCUGUCAUUGAAGUUCUCAACAUUUUGAUACUCGUCCGAGUAAUAAAGGAGAUGAGUACAUUAACGCAACCCGCGGGGGAAGACAACCAUAUACAGCAGAUUAGACUUGGCAUUAAAACAUGCUCGGUGAUGAUUCCACUGCUGGGUGUCACAUGGCUUUUUGGUCUUUUGUUAUCAUCACACAAAGCUUUCGCCUACCUUUUCACCAUUUUCAGCUCUACUCAGGGAAUCCUGAUUUUCGUUCUUCAUUGUGCGCGGAACAGCCAGAUUAGAGAGCGAUUGAAAAGGAAGACGAACAUUACUUUCCCAUCUGCUGUAGAUCAUGGAAAUUCUGCGAAUAGGGGCCCACAAGUUAAUCCAAGAAAUGCCGGCGAAAUGUGGGCGGUAGAAUUGCAGUCUUUCAAAGAAUAGUGCCAUACAGUAUUCAGUAAUUUAAUUUAAACGACUUUAAGUGAUACUGUUUUUCCAUCUGUAAAAAUGAAAAAUCCACAAGGAAAAGCUCACAGGUUAAUCCAAGUGAUGUCGGUGAUAUGUGAGCAGUUGAAUUGCAGUCUUAAAAUAAGUUGGAAUUUAAAAAAAAAUUAGCUUAAAUAACUGGAUUCACAAGAGAGAAAAUGAGAGUCG